CACCUUGUCGGCGACCAGGACGGUUACCAAUUAAUAUCCGAAAUACUUAUACCGCCAAUACGAUUCCUGUCUCUGCCCGCCUGACCUCUUCACCAAACGCGUCCCCAGCUUCAUAAGCUAAUCAUCGGAGGCCGACAAUUAUUCAACAGUGACGAUCGAGAUCUCACAGACUGUAAUGCCAACUGUCCCUCAACAUGGACUUCUCAGACCUCUCCUACCCUGUGGUAGCCAACGCCGACUACUCCCCCACAAACGAAACCCUUUUCUCCCCCGACGCAUUUGACGAGGCCUACAUCAUGGACUCAUACACUACGUCGCCAGACCACUCGCUAGCCAGCUUUGACUGUAACUCUUUCUUCGACCAACCCCUCUCUACUGUCGAGGUCCACGCACCCGGCGCUUUCGGCCAAAAGAACCCGGCUGUCUUCAGUGCCACGCUGCCAGCUGCAACCGUCACCCCAGCGAACCAAAGCGCCCCCUACAGUCCAACCCUUACCCCAGCUCAGCUCGAGCAAUUCCCUUCGGGCUUCUCCUUCGACGGAGUCAGCAACGCUUUCGAAUCAAAUGUGACCCCCAAGUCACAGCACUCGCGAACACCCUUCUGCGGUGACGGCACACAACAAUGCCAGGUUCCAAGCUCCCUAGAACUCUCUCCGCGCUCAACAUUGAAGCGUGAUCCCACUGACGAGGGUGUUCAAAUGGAGGAGCCAAUGCCGAAACGCCCGCAGCGGAAGCGAGGCCGGCCGCGCCUCGACCGCAGCAACUCAAACACCUCGCCGGCCUCAUCAAACUGCCACCGCACCAGCCGCCUGCCGCAUAACCAGGUAGAACGCAAGUAUCGCGAGGGCCUGAACUCCGAGCUCGAGAAGCUGAGGCGGGCGGUCCCGACGCUUCCGCAGAGCGAGGAGGGUCAAGUCAUAGGCCAACCGAAACCGAGCAAAGCUAUGGUGCUGGCCGCUGCCAUCGACUAUAUUAAGAAGGUUGAGAAAGAGCGGAAUAUGGACCGAGAGAUUCCGUGUCGGUUUCUGGUGGACCCAUGAAUGCUUCCUUUCUCCUGCUGAAUGAUAACAAGACUUUACGUUUUCUGAGCAAUAGCUUUUUGGAGCGCUUCUCCACAGAUACACGUUGUGGAUGGAAAGCGACUCCCUGUUUUGUGAGGCUUUGGUGGUGAGGCUUUGGUG